GAGAGGCGGGCGGAGGCGCAGCGCUGGGAACAAAGGCCCACGGAGGGGUCCUGGAGAGCGCAGCUCCCCGUGGGCUGGGGCGACGGCGGCCCGCUCCCCCUCAGCUCCUCCCUCUCCUUCCCUGCUUCCACCCGGAGGCCCGUCGCGCAGCCCGAGCUGCGCCAACUUCGCCAGCGGUUCCCAAGUUGCCAGGGGCGCAGGGGUGGGAGCUGGGUGGGGUGAGGGAGAAAAGGAGGAGGAGGAGGGCUCCCCGAGCGCCUUGGACGCAGUUCAGGAAUCCGCCGCCACUGCCGGCCGCUCGCGGACUCGGGCCGAACGGGGAAGGCGCCAGGCAGGACCGCUCGCUCGCUGCGCAGGACGGCGCCCUCCUGGCGCCGCUUCCCGCCCACCGUGCGAACCGGCGGGGCCGAGCCUCCUUCCCUCCCCGCCGCCGUCCCCGGCCGGAGCCGCUUCUGCCUGGUCCUGCCGAGAGGAGGGCAAAGUUGCGGGCGGAUGCUGCCCGCGCCGGACCCCUGCCUCGGAAAGUCGGAUCCGCCCCCGCUGGAGGAGGCUCGGUGGCGGGGACCAGGUGUCCCCCACCUGAACGACGAGCCAGGUCCUGAGUGAUGUCCCCAAGCUGAGUGCCCAUGGUCCUACCCUUCCCCAUGGAGAAAGGACUCACUCUGCCCCAGGACUGCCGACACUUUCUGCACAGCCUGAGAAUGAGGAGCAAAUAUGCCCUUUUCCUGGCUUUUGUGGUGGUGGUUUUUGUCUUCAUUGAAAAGGAAAAUAAAAUCAUAUCAAGGGUCUCGGACAAACUGAAGCAGAUCCCCCAAUCCCUGGUAGAUGCCAAUAGCACCGACCCAGCCCUAGUCUUGGCCGAGAACGCAUCCCUCCUGUCCCUGAGUGAGCUGGAUUCGGCCUUCACGAAGCUGCAGAGCCGCCUGCGAAACCUCAGUCUGCAGCUGGGCGUGGCGCCGGCAGAGGAGGCUGAGGAGGAGACCGCAGAGUGGGAGCCGGAGCAGCCGCAAGAGCCCCGCCCACCCGCCGAGGCCCCGCCCCGGCGCCACUUGCUCCUCAUGGCCACCACCCGCACGGGCUCCUCGUUUGUAGGCGAGUUCUUCAAUCAGCAGGGCAACAUCUUCUACCUCUUCGAGCCGCUGUGGCACAUCGAGCGCACGGUGUCCUUCGAGCAGGGCGGCGCCAACGCCGCGGGCUCGGCCCUGGUAUACCGCGACGUCCUCAAGCAGCUCUUCCUGUGCGACCUGUACCUCCUGGAGCAUUUCAUCAUCCCGGCACCCGAGGACCACCUGACCCAGUUCGUGUUCCGCCGGGGCUCCAGCCGCUCCCUCUGCGAGGACCCCGUCUGCACGCCCCUCGUCAAGAAGGUCUUCGAGAAGUACCCCUGCAAGAACCGCCGCUGCGGCCUCCUCAACAUGACGCUGGCCGCCGAGGCCUGCCGCAGCAAGGAGCACAUGGCAAUCAAGGCCGUCCGCAUACGGCAGCUGGAGUUCCUGCAGCCGCUGGCCGAGGACCCCCGCCUGGACCUCCGCGUCAUCCAGCUGGUGCGCGACCCCCGCGCUGUGCUAGCCUCCCGCAUGGUGGCCUUCGCCGACAAGUACGAGACCUGGAAGAAGUGGGUGGCCAAGGGACAGGACCAGCUGAGGGAGGAGGAGGUGCAGCGGCUGAAGGGCAACUGUGAGAGCAUCCGCCUGUCCGCUGAGCUGGGCCUGAGGCAGCCGGCCUGGCUGCGGGGCCGCUACAUGCUGGUGCGCUACGAGGACGUGGCCCUCAGGCCGCUGCAGAAGGCCCAGGAGAUGUACCGCUUUGCAGGCAUUCCCCUGACCCCGCAGGUGGAGGACUGGAUCCAGAAGAACACGCAGGCGGCGCACGACGGCAUCUACUCCACGCAGAAGAACUCCUCGGAGCAGUUUGAGAAGUGGCGCUUCAGCAUGCCUUUCAAGCUAGCGCAGGUGGUACAGGCUGCCUGCGGCCCCGCCAUGCGCCUCUUCGGCUACAAGCCUGUGCAGGACGCCGCCUCACUCUCCAACCGCUCCGUCAGCCUGCUGGAGGAGCGCGGCACCUUCUGGGUCACGUAGGGGACCCGGCGCGUCGAGCACCCCUCCUGGUGAAAGUCCCGCCUUGCCUGCCUCACCCAGGCCAGCUGGGAGACUACAGCGCCGCCGCAGGGGUGGGCAAGAAGACGUGCAGGGCGUAGGUGGCGCCUGCGCUGUAGAAGUAGGCCCCCUGCCCGCUCGAUUCCCCGCCCUAGCUGUGGGCCUGGAGCUUCCUGCUGAGAACAGGACAGUGGCCGGUCCUUUUGAGGGCUGUCAAACCCAGACCUAAGGGGCUGCGGUCUCCUGAGCAGGCCCAGGCAGGCCCGAGCCUACUGACAAGCCUUUCUCUCCUCUCUGUCUCUCUCUCUCUCUGUCUCUGUCUCUCUCUCUCUCUCUCUCUCUCUCUCUCUCUCUCUCACACACACACACACACACAGACACACAG